AUGGCAAUGGUCAUAAACAUAUUUUUAGUAUACUAAUUGGGUGUUUUUUUAAUUUUAAAUAAAGAAGUAGAUUAAUUAAUAUCAGGAGGGAUCAUUAAAUAAAUUUGGAAAGUAGAUUUAAUGUAGAAUGAACUUACCACUCUUUAGAUAAUACUGCAGCGGUAUACUCAUUAAACUUAAAUGAACCUGAGAUUAUAUUAGUAUCCUGCUCAAAACAUAAUUAUUUAAUUUUGGAGAAAGUAGAUGAAAAGCGGUAGUGUUAAUGUAUAAUUGAUUUAAAAUACAUAUAGAUUAAUUUACGAUUAUUAGUUGGCAUUAAUUUCAUUUGUAUAAAAAAUUGGUUCCCUAAGGUACUAAGUAUUCUUUAUGGAUGAUCAAAAAUUUCAUUGGAUUACAAGUGGAAAGGAAAUUGAUUAGGUUUUGAUCUUUGAGCUGUAGAGUGGAAUCUUCAAAAAAAAAUUUAAUAUAAAACUAUUCAAUUAAAUAGAAAUGAAAUGAUUAAUGAGAGAAUAUUGUUCUAAAUUUCCCAAUAAUACACAAUAAAGAUAAAAAGAUCCUAUUGAUAAGGCAUAAACAUAGCAUUUAU